AUGAUUAGACAUGCAAGUGGUGCAACAAUAUGCUUUUCAGGACAGGAAAGCGGACAUUACGGGGGAGUAGCUCUAAUAAUCAACAAGAAAAUAACAAAGACACUGAUAGACUGGGAGCCUAUAAAUGCAAGAAUUAUACGAGCAAGAUUCAACUUUAAAUAUACAAAAUUGACCAUUAUCCAAUGUUAUGCACCAACUGAGGACCACUGCGAUGAAGACAAAGAAACCGUGAGGAAAACCCCAAAGGAUGAUGUAAUGGUAGUUAUGGGAGAUAUGAACGCAAAAAUAGGAAUAAAUAACACAGGGAGAGAGAGGGUGACGGGAAAGGAAGGUCUUGGCAAAAUGAUGAAUGACAAUGGAGAGAGAUUUGCAGAUUUCUGCAUGGAGAACGACUUAAUCUUCAAACAUAUGGACAUCCAUAAAGAAACAUGGGUUUCUCCAACUGGGAAAACAAAAAAUCAGAUUGACCACAUCACAAUAAAUAGAAAAUGGAGGACAUCCCUUCAAGGUGUCAAGAGACUGAGAGACCCAGUCACAAGAAACAUCUUUGAAAUCAAUCUCAAGAAUAGUUUCAAGGUACUAGAAGAGCUACCAACUGAGGACAUUGAGAGUGGCUGGACACAAUUUAAACAGGCUUUUACAGAGACAAGCAGUUUGGUCCUAGGGCAAAAGAAUGACAAUGGAGAGAAAUUUGCAGAUUUCUGCAUGGAGAACGACUUAAUCUUCAAACAUAAGGACAUCCAUAAAGAAACAUGGGUUUCUCCAACUGGGAAAACAAAAAAUCAGAUUGACCACAUCACAAUAAAUAGAAAAUGGAGGACAUCCCUUCAAGGUGUCAAGAGACUGAGAGACCCAGUCACCAGAAACAUCUUUGAAAUCAAUCUCAAGAAUAGUUUCGAGGUACUAGAAGAGCCUCCGACUGAGGACAUUGAGAGUGGCUGGACACAAUUUAAACAGGCUUUUACAGAGACAAGCAGUUUGGUCCUAGGGGAAAAGAAAAAAGCAUGGAAAACAUGGGUGACACCAAAAUCAUGGAAUUUUAUCGAAGAGAGAAAGAAAUUGAAACAAAAAAUUCUCUCAAGAAAGGAAAACUUUAUGAGAGAUAAAACGUAUAAACGGAAGAAUAAACAAGUGAAGAAGAGUGUGAAAGAAGAUAAACAACAAUUCGUUGAAGAACAAGCGGAAAAAGCAGCCAACAGAGGGGAUCUAUGUACAUCAUACAAAAUUACAAAAUCUCUCAUAGGAUCAUACCAAAUAAAUUCGUCUUCAACUGUAAAAGGAAAAGACGGAACAAGAAUUACAAAACAAGAAGAGGUGUCAAAGAGUGAAGUCAAACAAGCAAUCCAAAAGACCAGAAACUGGAAAGCACCUGGAGAGGACAAAAUUACAGGUGAGAUGAUCAAGGCCAGCAUAGACGUCAGUUCUAAAGCAUUAAGAAAGCUAUUAAAUAGAAUUUGGGAAGAAGAAGAAGAAGUACCAGAAGACUGGAAGUCUGGAAUUAUUGUAAAAAUACCAAAAAAGGGGGAUAGUUUAGAUUGUAACAACUGGAGAGGCAUAACCCUGCUUUCUAUACCAGGAAAGAUUUUCAGCAGAAUCAUACUAGAAAGAAUGAAAACAUCCUUAGAAAGAGUAGUAAGAGAAGAACAAGCCAGCUUCAGGAAAGAACGAGGUGCAUGGAUCAUAUAUUCACUCUUAGAACCAUAA